AUAAGUUGCGAGCUAGAAAUUGGCUCUGAGGUUGAAAAUGGGGAGGAGGUGGUCGGUGGUAGGAAAUCGUCGUGCCGCGACCACGAGGCUCUUCAGGUGACGAAAGUUCACUCGUUCAGCGCUCUCUCGCUCCAACCGUCGUCGAUUCCAGUUAACGAAACAAACGAACGAAAUAUUAUCUCAAGCGCGAUGAAAAGAGAAAAAACGGGCAAAUAAUACCAAUGAAAAUUUCAGGAUUAUUCAAAUUGUUAUAACUAUUGGAUAUAAGAGCGCGAAGAAUUUCGGGCAAAGUUAUUUGAAAGGAUCCCGAGGAAUCUCGUUGGCAGGAAAAAACGAGAAUCGAGGGAGAUAAAAAUACACUUUUGUUCUCGCCGCGAAGCCUUUCUCUCGCCUUUUUUCCGCAAUUCGUUCUCUCCUCGCGGGAAUGGAAAAUCCCUCUCGAGCGACGAAUAAACGUCAAGCGAAAAGCGGCAGAAGAAGAGGAAGGAGAACAAGAACAAGAUCAAGAACAAGAGGGGGGAGCCUCGGAGAAGAGGUUGAAGGAGGAACGACGAGGAGCGCUCUUCGUUUAUCGAGAGGCCCGACUUGCAAGCGUUCCGAAUUCGAGUCCUCCUCUUAUCUCCGUUCUUACCCACAUCGUGCUUUUUCGAGCAAAACUUGUCCUCUGAGGCCAUCGCGGGGCCACUAUCUCGAGGACAAGUCGGCCAUUCGUACCAGAAGGGCAAAGUACAAGAGUCCAUUAUCCGAAACGGACACUGAACAGGAGUGCGAGAGAAACGGGAGGGGGAUAAAACGGUGCCGAAUUGUGCGCGCGUGCGUUUUUUCGUCAGCUUCCGAGGAAGCGUGAGAGAAGCACGAAAACUGUGUAAAUUCAGUGUUCUCUUGCGUGCUCCGGUGAAUAAUAAUUAUAGUUUUCAAAGUGAUCGGGUGAGUGUGAGAGAAAGAGUGUGAAAGUGUGCCCGCGGCUGGAAGCUGCGGUUCGCCCCGUUCCUGAGAAUGCGCCCUCCGCACCGACUCUCUUUUUUACCUGUUCCCCGUCGACCUUUUCCUCCGCGUGAAAGCCUCUCGGCGCCGCUCCACUGAGCUUUCUCUCCGGGCCGAGUUCCUUCUUCUUCUUCUCCUCCUCCUUCUUCCUAUUAUUCCUUAUUCCUCCACUGAUUCGCGGACAAGCAACGUCGACGCGUGGAAGAAAGAUCGUCGUCUUCGGGGUAUCGCUUCCUUCCGGAAACGGGGGCACCUCGAGCGAGCGCCCGGGAUCACGUGAUUUAUAAAACGGUUGAAGGAUGCCAGGCGGGCGUAGGGGCCUGGUAGCCCCUCAAAACACCUUCUUGGAGAACAUCAUUCGACGCAGCAGCAGCCAACCCGACAGCAGCUUCCUGUUGGCGAACGCCCAGAUCGUCGACUUCCCAAUCGUCUACUGCAACGAGAGCUUCUGCAAGAUAUCAGGCUACAACAGAGCCGAGGUGAUGCAAAAGUCAUGCCGAUGCGGAUUCAUGUACGGCGAGCUGACGGACAAGGAAACGAUCGCGAGGAUCGAGGAAUGCCUGGAAGGCCAGAUACACGACCAAUUCGAGAUUCUCCUCUACAAGAAGAACAGUACCCCACGAGAAACACCGCUAUGGCUCCUACUGCAAAUAGCACCGAUAAAGAACGAGCGAGAUCUCGUGGUGCUGUUUCUACUCACGUUCAGGGACAUAACCGCCCUGAAACAGCCGAUCGAGACCGACGACAGCAAGGGGGGUCUUUCGAAAUUCGCAAAACUCGCGAGAUCGGUUACGAGAUCGAGAUCGGUCCUCGUAUCCCAAUUCAGCUCGCAUCUUCCAGCGUUGAAGGACACGGCUUUGCCAACAACCGCGAAGCAGUCGCACCUCGCCCACAUGAUGUCCCUGAGCGGAGAUGUGAUGCCGCAAUAUCGUCAGGAAGCACCGAAAACACCGCCGCACAUAUUACUACAUUAUUGCGCGUUCAAGGCGAUCUGGGAUUGGAUUAUUCUAUGUCUGACAUUUUACACGGCCAUAAUGGUACCGUACAACGUGGCCUUCAAGAACAAAACGAGCGAGGAUGUUUCGCUCCUUGUCGUCGACAGUAUAGUCGACGUUAUAUUCUUCAUCGACAUUGUCCUCAAUUUUCAUACAACCUUCGUCGGUGCCGGUGGCGAAGUCGUAUCCGAUCCAAAGGUGAUAAGAAUGAAUUAUCUCAAAUCCUGGUUCAUCAUAGAUUUAUUGAGUUGUCUGCCGUACGAUGUAUUCAACGCGUUCGAUCACGACGAGGACGGUAUAGGUAGUCUCUUCUCAGCGCUAAAGGUCGUUAGGCUUUUACGAUUGGGACGAGUCGUUCGUAAGCUCGAUCGUUACCUCGAGUACGGUGCCGCGAUGCUCAUCCUGCUGCUGUGCUUCUACAUGCUGGUCGCACAUUGGCUGGCCUGUAUCUGGUACUCGAUAGGGAGGUCGGACGCCGACAGCGGUGUGCAGUACUCGUGGCUGUGGAAACUCGCGAACGUAACCCAGUCGCCGUACAGCUAUCUGUGGACGAACGCGAGCACCGUGCCCGAGCUCAUCGCCGGACCCUCCAGGCGGACGAUGUACGUCACCGCUCUCUAUUUCACCAUGACCUGCAUGACCUCCGUCGGGUUCGGGAACGUCGCUGCGGAGACCGACAACGAGAAGAUAUUCACCAUCUGCAUGAUGAUCAUAGCCGCUCUACUUUACGCAACGAUAUUCGGCCACGUGACGACGAUAAUCCAGCAAAUGACAUCGGCCACCGCAAAGUAUCACGACAUGCUCAACAACGUUCGAGAAUUCAUGAAACUCCACGAAGUCCCGAAAGCCCUCAGCGAGAGGGUGAUGGACUACGUCGUCAGCACGUGGGCCAUGACCAAGGGCCUCGACACCGACAAAGUUCUCAACUAUUGUCCCAAGGACAUGAAGGCCGACAUAUGCGUCCACCUCAAUCGCAAGGUUUUCAACGAGCAUCCCGCCUUCAGACUGGCCUCGGACGGCUGCUUGCGAGCGCUCGCCAUGCACUUCACCAUGUCGCACAGCGCUCCCGGAGACCUGCUUUACCACACCGGAGAGUCGAUCGACUCCCUCUGCUUCAUCGUCACCGGCAGCCUCGAGGUCAUCCAGGACGACGAGGUCGUCGCUAUACUUGGCAAGGGGGACGUCUUCGGCGACAGCUUUUGGAAGGACUCGGCUGUCGGACAGAGCGCGGCGAACGUUCGAGCUCUGACCUACUGCGAUCUUCAUACCAUCAAACGCGAUCGACUCCUCGAGGUCCUCGACUUUUAUCAGGCGUUUGCCAACUCGUUCGCCCGCAAUCUCGUCCUCACCUACAACUUGCGACAUCGGCUCAUAUUCAGAAAAGUCGCGGACGUGAGACGGGAGAAGGAGCUUGCGGAGAGGCGAAAAAACGAGCCUCAGCUGGACCAGCAGCAGGACCACAUUGUGCGAAAAAUUUUUUCGAGAUCGUUGCGCCUGGAUGACGGGCUGUGUCCGAAAAGGUUCAAGACCGACGGGGAGCCACAGAUCAGCAUGACGAGGAUCCUGACUAGCCGAGCUACACAGGACUCCGACGAGGAGCUCACCGUCAACGUACUACCGCCGUGGCCGAGUUUUAGAUUUCGACGAGAGAGACCCGCCGCCGACGUCGAAAAAGGCGACAGCAAGGACACCAAGGACGGCGAAACGUCACACUCCAGGAAACCAUCGUCCACCGAUGAAACGACCCCCGCCGCUCGGCCCAGGACCACGAAGUGGGGCCGACUCCUCGGAAGUUCGAGUCUGGAUUCCGGGAGCGAGGCGGGCACGGGUACGGAUACGUUCAAAAGGUCGUUGAGCGCGAGGGACUCCCGAGCGAGUUCGAGCGCGGGAACGAACAAGGUUUUCCCAAAGCUCGGUAAGCUGGGAGGAACGAUAGAGGAGACGAGCGACGGUGAGCCGUUCAAGGAGCCGCACGCGACGACAGCGCCAUCUUUGAGCGUCGAGUCGAAGCAGCUUUCGUUACGGAGACUGGAGAGUUACGACGGGGGUUUGAUAACCGCGCCGCCGGGUCAGGACCGCGAGAUACUGGCCGCGGUGUUGGAAGUCAAAGUCGAUUUGAAGCUGGAGGUCCAGAGGGUCAAUCAGAGGCUGGCGAAGCUCGAGGACAUGCUGCAAACGCUGAUAAACAGGUUGCCGUCGGUUAACCCCUCGAGCACGACGACGGCUCAACCCUCGAACGUGGCGAGUCCGACGGUGAUUCUCUCGAGUCCGCCCCACCAGAGAAUCCCGGCGGCGACGAACGAGCAGCAGCAGCAGCAGCAGCAGCAACAAUCCUCAGCGGCAGCAACGACGGCGGCGAGUGCAGCGGACGACGGAAGCGGCGCUGCCGCAGCCUCGCCGGUAGCCCACUCCGCGCAACAAAACGCGGCUGCGAGUACGAGCGCCUCGGCGGUAGGAAUCCAAGCACAAAACGAAGCCGGCACUCAAACGUCCGGUUCACUCGUCGAACAAAAAGUCGUCUCUCCGUCGAGCCUCGAGGUAGUCAGAGAUCCCUCGACGUUGACUCUCCCCUUGGUCACCGCUUGCGAACGUCUCCAAGUUAAAGAAAUCAGCCAACAGCAACAGCACCAUCAUCAUCACCAUCACCACCAUCACCAUCCGAGCGACAGGAGCAAAGACUCGUUGAGCGACAGACUCGCCGGCGGACAGACCGCGAGCGACUACAAAUCAACGACCUCUCGAGAAAUCGGGAAAGAGCUACUCGAACGACUCGCCCAAGCCUCGACCUCCCGCGACGAUGCCAACGCCUCCGGCUCCCUCGGCCCUCUCAUACUCCGCAAACGCCGCAGCAAAUCGAGGAACAAAGGAGCCGCCCCCCUCGCGCCCCUCGCCACUCAACCGAUGAGUCCCACCGAACCCACCGAAACUACCCAAAUGCUCGAGUGCGACGAGAACCUCAGUGCCGAGAGAAGUGUCGACAGGACCGACCGAAUCGAACGCAAAAGGCCGCCACCGAGGCCCCGGGAAUAUUUGUGAAAAUUCAUUAUUUUUCAUCCUCCCGCCCAGAGUGUCACCGGUAACCGUCGCGCGCUCCCCACUGCGGCCGAAUUCCAAACCUCGGCUCCUCCAUUCUCCUCACUCACCGAUCUUUCAUUUUUCUUUUUUCACCGCAUCGCUCCUUAUUCCAUCUAAUCGUUUUCCUCCCAAAAUCGUUGCGUAAGCGCGAUUCAAACAUUUUUUUCGACGAUUUUCAUCCUGCUGAUUCGUUCCAUUUUUAUUUUUCAUCGAAACCCGUGAGUUUUCAUCCCUGAACCACUGCAUUUAUCCGCGCGAAUAUUUUUCAUUCGAGCAUCGAUACGAAUAUUGACGAAUGAGGAUUUCACGGAUGCGCCUCCCCGCCCCGGUGACUCGGCGGGUCGCGAACUGUUGUUGCUCUUUCUUUGUUUUCUUCCCCCAUUUUUUCGAAUGUGUAAAUAAGUGCGAGGAAAGCUCUCGCGGUGGAUUCGCCGUGUCGACGCGACUCGGCACACGACUACUCAAUUAAUGUUAAUUCUCAGAGACGCUUUUUCGCGCUGACGAGGUUGUUGAACGUUGCCACGGCUUAUGCGACGAUGAUUCGUCGAGAUCGUCGUUGCACGAAUAGAUAAACUUUUAAAACGUGCUACGUAUAUCGCUCAUCAUAUACACACUCACACGCGACCGGCGACACGCACCGACGCAUUAAAAACGAUACACGAAACAGACACUGAGAGAGAGACUAAAAACUGAUCGAUAAGCUACCGUAUAAACGCGUUUAUUCUAUUAUUCACGACUUCAAAGUGUUCGGACUAUGAGAUUUAUGAGGAAACACGAGAUGUUUAAAAAGGAAUACAAAACGAAAUGAGCAUCGAUACGAAAGCGUUACCGCGCGAAUAAUGUGAGCGGAUUGUAACAAUAUAAUUAAACGAGUGAUGAAAUAUGGACGACGUCCUUUUGCGAGAUACGAAAUUUUUGUCAUCGGUGAUAAUAAACAAAAGAACGAGAUCGAUUUCAAUUACCGGAAGACACUUUAAAACGAUAAAAUCAAAUUGAUAAAAACACAUUCCCACGCUCCACAAGGUUUUCUAGGCAUAAGAAAAAACUAUAAGCUGCAAGUUUGCUUCAAUAAACGAAACGAUGUAAAAGAACACAAAGGAUACAACAAAAGGAUGAGAGAGAGAGAACAUUUUUUAACGAUUUAUCAGAUCGCGUCGAAAUAGUAUGGAAACGAGAUCUGAAGCACGAGCGAAAAGCGCGACUGCGAGCGUGGAGGUUAGGAUCGUACUUUUUGAACAUGAGAUUCAACACAGCGUUUGUAUAAAAAGAGGGACGAGAAUGGUUUAUAGAAUACGAAGCAAUAUACAGAAAAAUGAUGAUAUAAAUAUUGAAAACAAAGAUAUUUGGAAAAGCAUUAACGGGUUAUGAAGAAAAAUGUAAACUGAAGGGACGCGGUCUCUCGUGCUUAGUUCUCAGUUCCGCCAUGAUGAUGCGCGUCGAUCAUAUACGCGGCACGCGCGAACGUGCAUUUGGAAUCGCACUCGACUCACCCAACAGACAUACACACUCACACACGGGAUAAAAAAGAAUACGAAAGGACAAUUGAUAGGAAAAAAGGCGGGGGUAAAAAAUGCUUGCGACGGCUUCUGCGAAACAUCGAAAUAUUCACUAUAAAUAACAAAAAAAGGCAACAGCAAAAGAGUAAGAGGUAGGGUAGUGCGCGAAUAUGAGUGCGCGUUAAACACGACAUAGAUACAUUUAUCAGUAGCAUUUAGAAUCCGUAAUAGGUAAUAAGUACGAUUGGUUCUCGUCUAAGGUGAAUCCGCAGCAAUAUUUGUAUCGGUCAAAAACUUUAGACGAUUCACCGAGCAAAGAUAAAGAAGAAGAAACUAAAGAGAGAAAAAUAUUUUUACCAAUUUCCUCGACGAUUGUAGAUAAAUUGGUAAAUAAAACACAGUUGCGGGGACGCCGCAGCGACGAAAUAUGUUUCUUGACUCUACACGCGUUGCUGUUAUUGCCUUAAAUUCGCGCGAUGAGUGAUUUAUCGAAAUAUAGAUUUACGGAGGAUCCGAAUGUGAAGGAGGCUCUCGCACGAGUCUGACGAUGCGUUGAGAAGAAAAAAUAUAGAGUGGAGGAUAAAAAUAAUAAAAAUGGGAAAGGGCGUGAGAAGAGAAGCGAAAAGAAGGUAAACAAAAUGUAACAAAGGAAAGCACACCGCUCGGUCAUAGGGUGUUCGAUAGAGGUUAUGUCCGGGCGGCAAACGGACCAAAGUGGGACUUGUUAAAAACAAAGGUGAUAUUAAAUUGCAGCAAAUAUGAGAGAAAAAGCUAAAAUCGUGAUACGGAUUACGCGGGCCUGUUUUAUUAUAGAGAUUAAAAAAUAGUACUCUUGAUUUUGAGCAGAGCGACCAUUGGUUAUGAAUCAACGGUCAUUGUCACUCGUGUCGCUUCCCUCGACAGAGAGAGAACUAAUCGCGCGCGCGAGAGUUUCGCAAAGAGAGAAAAAACGAUAUUGCUCACGGUGAAGCGGACGGGGCUGUUUUCAAUCAUUUAGUCAAAUACGUCAUUGAAAAGGUCACGGAGUGCGAGCCGCCAUAUCGGUCGGUUAUAAUAGCUGGAGAAUGGACCUACGCGCGUACACGUACGAACAUACACAUAACCUGACAUACACGGAGACAGGAGACACGGGGGAGCCAAACAGCAAUAUUAGUUGUACAUAAUAAAGAAGGAAGGGAAAGAAAAAAAUACUAUACAUAUUGUAACUAUGCGAUUGUACAUAAAUAUACGUGUAUGAAUAUUUGUGCAUACUCGUGUGUAUCGAAUAUACAUAUAAAACGUAUUUAUGCGAAUGGUACACAUUGCGUGUAUGUGUAUGCGCGUGUAUAUACAUCAUUUAUUCUUUAGAGGGGUCGGACACGUAUAAAUAUAUGGAAUAAGAGUGAACACGUGUGAGAGCGAGCGAGAACACGAACGUACGCGACGCGAGAAGUCAAAAACGAAGAAACACACUAAUCGCAAUUAUCCGCUCAGUUUAAAAUCGUUAAAAAUAAAUCAAUGCGAAUUGCACAUUCAUUUAUUCGUCAUUAUGCCACGUAAGUAUGUAUUUUACUCCGCUAAAAUCCCAUGCAUCCCUUUCCUAACCUCAUCACCCAUCGAUCAUCCGCGUACACUCUGACACGCCGAUAUGCUCCUGUUAUUAUAACAUUAUAACGAUAUAGCAAUAAUGAAUCUCGUUGUAUCGUCCUGGAUUCUAUUAAAUAACGAGCCGAACGAAUUUCGCUGAGAAUCUUAACGACGAUCGACCAUGAAUUAUUUCACCGUUAUCGAUCGCGUUCCUCGCGCAAUAUUGUCUUUGAUUUUUAACACACCGAUUAGUAUUCCGAUAUUCUUAGCGGCUGGGAAUGGGGCAGCUCGGAUCGAAGGGGAAUGAAUUUUUUGAACGACCGCGCGAGCACCAACUUUAAGGCGUUAUGUAGGAAGGAAUAAGUGUAACAAGUUCGCGAGCCUCUGUUUUUAUCGUUACACCGACACACAUUUUGUCACUCGUACACGCGCAUACACACUACAUCAUUAUAUACUAUAAAUAUAUAAAUACCCAAUAUAUGCCCCUGCUGUAUACAUGCCCAUACUCUCUUGUACGUGUGCAUGCAUGUAUAUGCGGAUGUAUAUAUGACGUAGAGCAGUCGAGAGAGAAAAAGAGAGCGAGAGAGUGGGAAUUUGAAUAAGCGGUUAUGAAACAGAUCAUUGAAUAUUAUAUACUAUUUUACGUUAUUUCAAAUGAAUAAAUAGUAAAUUAUUGAUAUAUAAGAGAGAAAAGUAAACGAUGAGAAAUACGAUAUGUUAAAUAGAUUUUAGAUUAAGAGACGAUAUAGCUGGCUCUAUUCGUAGUUCAAAUUCUAUGCGAAAGUUUAAAAAUGCUGUUGAUACUCCAGAGGGCGCGGCGAAGCAAUAAAGACGGAACGUGACGAAUGUAGCGUUCGACGAUGCGAUUCGAAGGCGACCACCCGAACGAGUACAAUGUCGAUGAAAAAUUUCGUACAAUUAUUACAGAUAAUAUGAUAUGACGAAAGAGGGUUCCAAUAAAAAAGAAUAAAAAAUAACGAAAUAAACACACACUUCGCUAACGAUAUGGAUGAAGAAAAAGUAUUGUAUCGAAUAUUUGUAAAUCCUGACGGUUGACAUUUGUAUCGAAACUCGGUAUGAUUUUCAAUGAUUUUUCAUUGCUGCUAUUGUGUGACGCGAAUUACAGUCGAUCGAUGAUUCGCUCAUUCUUCGCCCUCGAAAAAAGCUCGUUUAACUGCCUUCCUCUCACCAAAUAUCGCUUCGUUUACGAUGUGCGAAACUAGAUACAUAAAUAAUAUUAUUUUUGCAUCGCUUCAAGGGGAGGGGGGGGGGGGGGGUGGAGGGAGGAUACGGGGUCGUACGGCGAUUCAUAACAAAAACAUAACCUAUGAAAAAAAUAAAAUAAAAUAAAAAGAAAACAGACACUAAGAAAAUUACUUUUCCUUCGGGAGAUAAAGACGAAAUAAAGCAACAAAAUAACGCCCUCUUUUGUUAUUCGUUAUAUUUUUAAAUUCAAUCAGUCGCGGUAACAAGAAGAACGAUCGAGAAUACAAAAAAUACGAAGGUCUAACGCUCGUCGUGUGUGACACGCGACGAGCCAAAAAUUUAACAAGCAGCGAAGUGUAUCAAACAAUACAAAAUCAAUGAGCAACUGAUUGUCAUAAGAAAUUGAAGACACAUUUUUGCUACUACUUGGCUAAAAAUCCGAACUUUCACUUACACGCACGCACGCACACACACACAUCAACAAAAUACACACACUUCGUCCAGUUUUUGACGUGGGCAGCUCGUUAUCCGGAUCGCAAGAUUUCUAUGAAAACAAAAAAAUCUCAAAACUUGUUUAACAAUUAAAUAUUGGAUUUUGUCCGUAAAUGAAGCGCGAGCGGCACGAGAAUGGGCAAGAUUGAAAUGAUCAACGCUCCUCGGGCGAAUCGCAUCUUCAAUUUUGUAUUUGUAGAUUUUUCAAUUUUCCCUACAAUCCGUUCGCGAGUCAUUUUCUUUCUGCGAAUCCAGGCUGAGAAAAACUCCCCAGUUCGGAAACAUCGACGCUGAACUAUCGAGCAAUUUAAUUUUGCCCAAUUCUGCGCUCCGCUUCCCCCUUUUUUUGCUACUUUUACUAUACCAAAUUUGUAAAAAAAAAAAAAAAGAAAGAACAAACUCAACGGUGACACUGACGAUCAUCAUCCCACUUUCUUCAACCGCAAUGACUUUUCGUUCGUGACUCAACUCCUUGCUCCGAAACGCCUGAGGAAGCUGCUUUCGAGCUUAUAUUAUUAAGUAAUAAUAAACAAUGGAAAUACAAACAGAUAAACGAUUGAAAGUUAUACGAUAUUAUAUUACACCAGCAAAAACAGGCCAUAAAUCCAUUAAUGCGCGCUCUGCUCGCAUCACACGUCUAUCAAUAAAUGAAGAAAUUUUAAAAAUUAAUCAAACAUCAACAAGAACAAGAACAGAAAGAAAAAACAACACUCUCACUUCGAGUCUUGCUUUCAAACGUGUAUAUUUAACAUUUAUACAAAAUAAUCUAAAAUAAAGUGUAUGUACGUUAUCGUACGUAUAUAUAAUAUA